CUUCUCCACAGUUUCUAUCUUCGAAGCAUCCACCAUGGCAUCCUGGGACUCAGACUGUUAGAUGGGUCGAGAUAGAUUUGGGUUUCUGCCGUUGUUCCAAUUUGUCUCUGCUUUGCGACGGUUUCUGAGCCUUCUCCGCCUGUUGAUGGGAGGUCCUCAUCCUCUCUGCUCAAUGUUUCAGAAGGAAAUCGUCCUAAGCUUCCUACCUUUUUGAUGCCGAGUUGCCGGCAUCUUUCGUCCUCUGUUCGUGUGAUGGGGUCAGUGUCGAGCCGUUAUGUCCUCUGUUUUCGUCUGCCAGUAUCUCACCAGUGUUUCAUCGGCUGGAUUCUCUGUGUUGGUUUGGAUUCUCAGAGAGUUUGAUCUGUCGCAUUUACAGAGUUAGUGUAGCAUCUAGUGAACUUCAAUGUGCGGUGGCCAAACCAGAGCUUAGUCAUCCAUGCUUUGCAUGUCCUCCUAUAGGAAUUCUUUGGGAUGGUCUGUGGUGCCUCAGACUGUUUUCUGGUUGUUAACUCCAAAUAUCUCUUCGGUGCAGGUUCCAACAUCUAAGUUUCAAGUCGCGAUCUCAUGAGACAAUAGUGUUGUUCUUAAGUAGUACAAUGCCAAGCUUUAAUCAUGUUCCAAGUGAAACAGAUUAAACCUUCAUUUGCUACUUUGAUAAGCUCCCUAGAUUACUAGAUUUUGAUUCAUCCAAAACUUGUAAUCUCUUUGUAUCAUUACUCAUCUAAUGAAUUAAUGUAAACAGAUUAUUAUUUGUAAAUAAUAUUUAAUUUAUAAACCAAUGGUAAUAAUAAAUCAAUUUUAUUUGCUAAAAAUAUUGUAGUUUCUAUUUUUAUUAAUAUUUGUGAUUAAUUAAUAAAAAAAUUAAAAAAUUCUAGGAGUGUAUCUAUGACUUUAUAAAAUAUUAUACAGCACCAAUCAUAUGUUUUAAAAGUCUAACCUAUAGAUGACAAUUAACGCUACAAUACGUCUACUUAUCAUAGUAUAUAAAAAGUAGUGGUCUAUUAUGUAUGCGGCUGACAUACCGUUUAUGGAAAUACUACAAAAGCCCCAUGGUAGUGUUUUCAUUGUGUUAUUAAUGCUGAUAUUUCUUCUAGUGUCUAUUGGAUCUGGAUGCUUAUAUAUGAGAUUUCCUUAUAUAUACCCACAAACGCUUACUCUUUCGUUUAUUCAGUUUUACAGUUGACUUUUCAGAGAUUUUUAAGUGUAGGGAGAAGACUGUAUUCUCUAACCUAGAGAAAAUUUAUGAACCCUUGUUUCCAUUGAGAUAAUACUGGUUAUUGUUUUAAAAAAAUAGACAUGCUGUAGAUGCCACGGGAAAAUCGUUAAUGAGUUAGUAAAUUUAUUCGAGUUCCUAUCAUGAAAGAAGUUUCAUAGAAAAGACGGUAAUUUCUUGUUUUAUACUCUAAUAGACUUAUGAUUCCACUUGUAUUAAUAUAUAUUUUCGCGUGAUAGUUGGGAGAAAAAGACAUGGCACGUUUACUUUCGACGUGUGCGCAGAAAAAGUAGAACAUUUUGAGAAUUGGUUCUCAACGUGCUGUUAAACUUUUAGGUUUGGUUCUUUCUAACCUAUAUAUCCAAUUAAUUAUGCAUUAGAAAAACAAAGUUUGUGAAAUAUAACAAACACUUAAAAUAGUGGAUAAAGCAGUUAAUAAUUCGAAAGUUCUCUCAUACCCACAUGGUUACGUAAAAAGCUAAACUAAUUAAGUAAAAUAUAUGUCUGAAGCAUGUGAUUAGUUUAAUCUUAACGAGUAAGAACCCUUAAACUAUAUAAAAUCUCAAACUGCAUAGCAUGCAAGCACGCACUAUAAAUAUCGUCCGAAAGUAAUCGAGUCAUUUCAAGUUCAGCCAGACUCUCACCCUUUAGCUCUAAGUUUCCUCUAGCUGCUUCUUCAAUAUUCCCAUCUUAUUUUAACUAAACCUUUUUUACUUAAGGCAUACCUUGAACCGGUAUUUGCCAUGCAAGAGUCCCAAUAUAACAAGAAGUCAUCUCUUAAGUUGCUCGACCGCCUAUUCGUGCCGUUUAUUGUAGUUGUUGUUGGUGUUAUAGUUUUUGUUAGCCCGUUUUGGCUUCAAGUUUCUCCCAGAUUUUUCAUAUCAACUAUCUCUAGAGUGAUUACUUACAUGUCAUCCCCCAAGGUCUUAUUCCUUCUCACAAAUAUCAUCGUAAUCAUCCUCAUUAGAGAAUCAAUGUUUUCUAGAUCAACAUCUGUUCUUCCAACUAGCGAGUUACGCAAAGAGUGCAUAACUGUGAGAAACAAUUCUUGUGACUUGUGGUCUUGUGCAAACAUGAAGAUGGGAAUCGGAUGUCAACAGCUAACAAAAGAGAAUAUGGAUAGACCGAGACACGAAGAUGGUAAAAGGCGUAAGCUUAGUCCGAUGCAGAUGGAUUCACUACACCAGAGAGCUGAUGAUCUGAUCGCUCGUGUGAACAGACGGAGGAGGCUUGAAACUGGGAUUUUACAUAGCCACAUAGACCAUAGCCGUAUGUCAUAAUAAUUACAUGGCCAAACCUGUGUGCAUAUAAAGUAUUGUUAUCACGAAACUAAUAUUCAUCAUAUCUUAAAAAACGAAAUAAGCAUUCUCUCCAGAAUGCAACCUCAUCAACGUGUAUUUUCAUUUAAUCAUAAAGUAUAAAAUUCAGUUUAAAUUUUAUGUGCAUAUUAUUAGGGAUUAAUGUCCCACAUCGGAUAUUGGAAGGGAUCUUUAACAAUAUAUAAGAUGGAUGGACCACUUCACUUAGCACCAAUUGGUUUUAUGUUGAAAGUCCAUCUAGCUUAACAUGGUAUCAGAGCCCGAUCCAUGUAGUCCAAAUCCGAUCCAUUAUCGAUCCAGCCCAAAGUCGGCUCAUCGAUCCUUGUCCGAACAUUCCGAGAUUGACGCUCAACGAGCCAUCAUCUCGAGGGGGCGUAUUAGGAAUAAAUGUCUCACAUUGGAUAUUGGAAAGGAUCCUUAGCAAUAUAUAAGAUGGAUGGGUCACUCCACUUAACACCAAUUGGUUUUACGUUGGAAGUCCAUCUAACUUAACACAUAUAAUACGUUUUAGAGACGAAUUUUACUAUACUCCGUGCACACAAGUUUGACUCCGGGGCUUGCAUUCUUUUUUUCUCUCGGUUCUGUCACCGUGACCGUAAGUAAUUAAAAUAGCUUCUGGGUGGUCCAAAAAGGAGUUAGUAACAUUUAUGUUAAUAAGUUAACGUGAGUGGUGAGUAAUAUGUUUUAAUUUAAACCAAAAACAAACAAGAAUAGCUUUAAAUCACCGAGUCAGUUGAUUGAGCUCGGAUACAGGCAUACAGCUCAACUACGUUUCAAUAGAUUGUAAUUUUUUUAGUAAGAACUCUUUUAUUUAAUAAGACAAUGUACAACGGUUUCAACACACAAAUCCGUUUCCUAUGGGUGUGCCGAAUGUGCUUUUACUCAGGGCCUAAAAUUUUUUAGACAAUUUUAGUUAUAGUUUAGGGCCUGGCCUGUUUUUCAAAUUUUAGGGCCCUUUUUAAAAUAAAUUUUGUACUAUUCAUGCAUUGGGCUUCCUAAAACUUUGAGACGGACCUAUCAACACCCUCUUCACUUUCAACACUGUCAUUUUCUUCUAUUUAACAUUCUACAUCAUUUUCUUUCUAUUUCACCUAAUUUAUUUAACACACAUUUCAUUUUAAAUAUCUACAAUGGUUUAUUUUAAUAAGUUCAACACCUUACCCCACAACUUUCAAUUCAUAUUUUUGUUUUUCACAACAUAAUAAUUAUAUUUAUAUUAAUACUUAACUUAAAACUAAAAUAACAUAACCUUUAAUAAUAUUUAUUUAGAAUUAUUAUGCUUAGCUUACUUUUUAAAUAAUACCAAAAUUAAUAUUAAUAAAACAAUUACAAUUAAAAAGUUUUUUUUGACAACUUACAAUUAUUAUUUUUUUAAAUACUAAAAUACUUGAUUAUAAUAAAAAUGAUGUUUUUUAUGUGUCCAAAUGAUAUGAUAGUGGUCUCUAUUUAUAGAGAAAAAAAUCUAGAAUUUUGAUAUAAUUUUUUUUAAGUUUUAUUACAUAAAAAUUACGUUCGAAUUAUUGGAUGAAGAUAAAAAAAAAAAUCUGCACAGCCAAUCAGAACCGAUAAUUUAAAUCUUAUCCAGAUAAAAAAAAAAGAAGUCGUGAUACACUGCGUGCGUGUACACACUCUAAAUGUUCCUGCCAACCAUAUAGUGACACUUGGCAGUGCGGGCCACAAAAGAAAAAUUCAGUUGUUGAAAUUUUCCAAAACAUGGUGAUGCCACGUAGACAAGCACAUUUUUUCAACAUCCCCAUAAUUUCAACUGUUGAAAGUGUGUUUCAACACUCUCAUUGUAUGAGUGGUCUAAGUAUAUAUAUUUAUAUAGUGUGAGAAUGGCAAGCGACUGACUGAGAUGUUCAGUCCUUUGUGCUCUGAUACUGUAGUGGGCUCAUAUCCGCUGAUGGACCUAGUGACUUGAGACCAAAUGAAAGCAAGACAAGUUAGAUGGGCCUCAAUUUAUUAAUGAGAAGCCCAUCAUCAAGAAGUUAACUGAUAUAAAUAUGGGAAGAGAUGCAGAUGAUUACAACAGAAUUGUAACAACAUUUCUUCGUCAUCUCUUUCUUUGUAAAAAGUCGUACGCCAUUGUUGGCAAAUCUUGAGCUCACGUAAGCACUAGAUAUAAUAAAUUCUAGGUACUGAUCCUGAGAAGAUGUACCAAAAGUCAGAGAAACUCUAAAAGCUUAUGUGUGUUGUUCUUAUUUGAAAUUUCUUCGUCGUCUCUUGAUUCUUGUGAAUGAGUGGAAUCGCGAUCUGUAAACACAAGAGAGAAGAGAGCUAGUGAAUUAGAGAGGACAGCAGAGUGAAGUCAAAGAAUUCAAUCAUUCAACCAAAGAGUAGGUUGGAUCGGAUUCUUCUACAUAGUUAUGUAAAAUGCACCUAUCGAUAUACCAUAGCAGCCUUUUCGCCAAAGCUAACAUUGGGGUCUUCUGAAAGCUUAUGUAGUUUUAUUAUUAGUUCCUUCUUGCCAUUGAAUAUAUCACCAUAAUUAAUGGUUUCAUUCUUCAACAACUGUAAUUGCUUCUAGUAAUUAUGUGAUGACUUCAUAGUCUAUUGUGAUGGUUUUAUAGUCUCGUACUGAAAAUUUUCAAAACUACCAAAAUCCGCAGCAUCAUUCUCUUUGACAACACACUUUUGAUUUCUAUUUACAUUAUUGUGACCAUUGUUUGUAGUCAGUGAGACAUAAAUACACAUAACAUCUGUCUUGGACAAUGUGAUAAGGUUUGAAAUGAAAGCAACUGAGCUUGCUUAUAUUAUGAGCUUGCUUAUAUUACUAUGUUAUAAACUUAUUGUUAUGUUUGUUUUGUUUUGGAACUUAUAUUAUUGUGUCAUGAACUUAUUGUUAUGUUUUUUAUGUUGAAUUUGUGUCAACUAUUAUAUUCUAUAAGCCUCUCUUUUAAUUUUCACAACUAUAAUUUUUGUUAGAUUUACAAUGAAGACAAUAGUGUAUGAUUAUAAGAACUUGAAUAAAUGAAAUAAGCAUUAAACAAAUAUUUUUUUUAAUAAUUAGAGAUAAAGUGGAUUUAUAUUUAUAAUAUUAUAUAAACUGUCAAAACAAGAGUAUUCUAACCAUAAAAGAGAACUAAAAUCCAAUUAAGUUAAAUAUUUUUGGUUCGGAAGACUUCUCUGAGAUGUCUGCUCGUGAAGUCUGUUAUAAGUCUUCGAUAUCUGAAAUAUUUGUAUAUCCAAAACGUUUAAGUGGCUUCAAAACAGUGAAAACUUCAAAAUUAAAAAAAAAUUAAUGCUUAAAUAAUUAAAAAAAUAGUCACAUAUGGUUGAAUCUAUAACUUUUUGAAUCUAACAUAUAAGCACACACAAAUAUACAUAUCCAGAAUUUAUAGAUAUACUUUUAAAGAAGUGAAAUAUGAAAACCAUGUAAUGAAAAACUUGGAAAAAAAACAAGAUAAAUUAGUGAGAAAGACUUGAGACAAAAGAUGAAGAACUGAUAUAAGUUUGGUGUUUUCAAGUUUAAGAGAUUAUAGAGAGGUUGAAGAGUUUAGAGUGAGAAACAUUACAUUUUUGCUCCACCCAUUUGAGAAGAAUAGAGAAUGUAAAUUUCCUUUAUAUAAGAAGACAAAAAAUAUCCAAUUAAGUUAAAUAUUUUUGCUUUGUAAGACUAAGUCUUCUAUUAUAAAAUGCAUUAAAAGACUUCUCAAAAAGUCAAAAAGUCUUCCGAGAAGUCUUCUAAAAAGUCUGCUUGAGAAGCCUGCUCGUGAAGUAUGCCAAGAAACUUACAUAUCCAAAAACGUUCAAAUGGCUUCAAAACAAAUAAACCUUCAAAAAUAAUAUUUUAUGCUUAAAUAAUUAAAAAAACAAUCACAUUAGGUUGAAUCUAUAAUUUUUUCGAAUCUAACAUAUAAAAUAAAACACACAAAAAUACAUAUCCAAAAUUUAUAGAUCUAUCUUUAAAAGAAUGGAAGAAGAACAUGUAAUGAAAAAUCUACAAAAGCAAGAUAAAUUAGUGAGAAAAAUAUGAGACAAAAAAAAAGAGAAAUUAAUAUAAAGUUUAGUGUUUUCAAGCUCAAAGAGAUUAGAGAGAGGUCGAAGGGUUUCAGAGUAAGAAACAUUACAUUUUUGUAACAGCCAUUUGAGAAGAAGAGAGAGAGAGAGAGAGAAUGUGUGUAAAAUUUUAUAUAAGUAGACAAAAAAAUCCUAUUAGGUUAAAAUUUCAGUUUAUAAGUCUGACAAGUCUCCUUGAAAAGUCUACUCGUGAAGUGUGCCGAGAAGUCUUUCGAACCUGAAAAAACAUGCAUAUCAAAAAUGUUAAAAUGGUUUGAAAAUAGAGAAAAAUUUCAAAAAUAUUUUUUUAUGGUUAAAUAAUAAAUAAAACAAUCACGAACAAAAAAUACUUAUCUAAAAUUUAUAAAUCUACCUUUAAAGGAAUGGAAGAUGAGAACCAUGUAAU